AUGCGUUACGCAGCGGCCUACGUAUUAGCAAUUUUAGCUGGAAACACAACUCCUGAUGUUAAAUCAAUAUCAAAAAUAUUAGGAAGUGUUGGUAUCGAUUGUGAUGAAACAAAAGCUAAAAAAGUGAUUGAUGCAUGUAAAGGAAAAGAUGUAAAUCAGUUAAUUGAAGAAGGUACAAAGAAAUUAUCAACUAUGCCAAGUGGAGGUGGUGCAGCACCAGCUGCAGCUGCAGCAACAACCGCACCAAGUGCCGGCGCCGACAAGAAGAAAGAAGCGGAAAAAGCAGCACCUAAGAAAGAAGAAAAGAAAGAAGAAUCGGAUGAUGACGACAUUGGUGGUUUUGGUUUAUUUGAUUAA